AUGCGCGCCGAUCAUCCCUCGGCUAUGGGGAAAUUCUGGGGGAAGAGCGGGGAAAUUGGCCGAUCUUACCUCUCCGCACUCUCUAAUACCUCUCUACUUUGGCAUCAACGCCUCAGAUCUACGAGCCUGCUACUAUUCUGCGCUGAAGUCGUCGUCUCUCCGAUGUCCCACCCGCGCACCCGCGCACCUGAGAUCAUGGCCCCAAGGGUCUGCGACCGCUGCAGCCUGAGUAAAGACAAAAGCGUCACUGCCGAUGGCAGUCCAGCCUGCGCGAGAUGUGCUCGCCUGAAGAAAUUAGGCUACACAUCUCGUCGGAACAAGCGCAUCAAACACCUCUCCGCUGUCCAAGCCCAUCCAUACAGGGAAAUGCGGGCUUUAAGCAUCGAACCUCAGCAGCGCGACAUGUCCGAGACAAGCGAGAGCGAUGCGUCAUCUUCUGGGCACAGUCAAAGUACGCCUUCCAGCUCGCCGGGCGGAGUUGUUGAGUCAUGGUCACCGACAAGUCACGACGCGGUGAUCGUAUCGCCAGAGAAAUUGCUCGCUGCGCCCACCACUUUCCAGACCACGUCGGACGCGUUUCUUACCGUUCUGGACGUGGAAAAGUUCUCGGUUAUUCAUUUACCUUUUAUGCUGGGAGCCAGCUUCAUUCCUGAAGCCCAGAAGACGGUUUUUGCUAUUCUCAAAUUAUCUGCUCCGGUCCUGACCGAGGGGUACCUGGCGUUCCUAGGGCUGAUGACAAAUUACCAACAGUCGCUUGUCAUCCGCCGAGAUGAACCUGAUAUGUACAAAGCGGCGAAGGGACUGCAACGACUGAGAGAUGUGAAGAUCUCACACGCAUAUGAUGCAGCUUGUGCUCUUUUCCUCGGCCAGACGAUGUACGUGUUCAAUGUACUCACAGCACCAUAUUCAAACACGGCCCACUCCAUCGUUCGGAGUGCGCUCAUGUCCACCAAACAAUGGCUUCCAAAAUUGGUUCAGGCUCCUAUUAUGGAUACGAUCACCAUGACUCCUAUCCUGAUCGACACGGUUGAGUGUUUAGUGCAUCGUGAGGUCCCUAUAAUACGACUAGAUAAUCAGCAUCGCAUCAUCGUCGAUCGCUAUGCCGGUCUUUGCGCCACACUCCUUCCUCAUUUAUAUGAUAUCUGCGAGUGGAGCAAUGCCGCGAAAAGGGAAUCUCCCACCGCCGAAUCCGAACCAGACUCGGCGAUCCAUGACCGACUGGAUGAGAUUGAGGAGACAAUCCGACGCUGGAGACCCCGAACGCCUACACAGUUAUUCGACAACUACGGCCGGAACGCCGUUCUAGCCAUGGCGACACAAGCAAAUGUCUAUCGCCUGGCCGCUUUAUUGGUCAUUCACCGACUCCGGUAUCCGCUGGGCGUCGAGGACGAAACAGCACAGAUACAUGCAAAUGGUAUAUUCUCCGAACUGGCCUUCUUUGCCAAACAAGCGGUCAAAGAAACAAGCGCUUUGCCCGUGGUAUUUCCUCUGACAAUGGCUAUGCUCGAAAUCGAAGGGCCUGGCGAGGAGUUGCUCGAGCGACUGUCCUCUUUCACUGUGCAAAAUGUGAGUGCGGUACGCCUCCAGGAGUUUGUGAAGUUGGUUCGUGCAUCGAGGAAGUCUGGGUUCCAGGGCAUUUGGUUUGAUCUGGUUGACACACAUCUCCAUGUUGCGAUGCCGCCGUAG